GUUCCCCACUGGGAGCUUUGGAUACCAAGACAUGACUACCCGGAGGAUGAAUAAAUGGCCAAAGGCUGCAAGAAAAAGACCUGUGAUGCCAAGUGCUAGCUUUUCUGUAGCUGGGUCCAGAUCUGCUACUACCAGAGCCUAAGAUCAGUCAGAGAUGUCUGUUUGUAAGCUCUGAGGUAUAAGCAGUUCAGGUGCUUGCAGGCAUCCAAAUAAAUCUGGACCGGCCAAAGCAUUAAGAGAUGUUGAUUGUACCAAGCAGGCAGCUGGCGCUGGUUUUACUUCUUCUCAAGCCUACGCUGAAUUCUUAGCAAUUUAUCAGUAUAAGUUCCUAAAAUAAAUCUUAGCAAUUAGCAAAAUAAAUUCCUACAGUGAGAAGGACCAUUGAUGUGCUGCAAAUCAUAUGCAAAUAAGGCAAACAAAUUAUGGAGUAAGCAGUUUCAUAAACAUUUCUAAGCUUAAAUCUACUGCUGAUCUUGACUUACCCUGAUAAUAAUGGUCCAUCUGCUUGGAUUCAACAUGCUUUUGGGUUCUGAAAAAGUCUUGACGGCUGACCAUGUUUUAGAUCCUCAAAAGGAGGUUAGCUUGCCAAAGACUCGUCACUGCCUUCCAAAUCUAGGGUGAUUCAUUGCAACUGUAUGUUUCGCUGGUGGAAGGAGUUCGACUUCAAUACACAGACCUGCUGUCUUGAGUUAGAUACAUCAGUAUAGUCACUUGUAUCAUCAUGAAUCAGCUUUGAAAGAAUGGGAACAGUGAGGAAAAUUUUACGAUGCAAAACUUUCAUAGUUUUAUUUUAAGGCAUGAAACAUUGAAGAUUAUCCUUUCUAUACGCCUAAAAUUGGUCGAUCUGUUUCUUCUAUAUGGUGGGAGGGUUUGACUUCUCAGCAUUCCACAUCUGGCCAUUCUGAGACUUGAUACGAGAACAUUAAAUAAAUCCGAGGUCUCAGACAAUAGUGUGACUGCUUGACAUGGAAAAAUCAGCUUCGAAGAACUAAAGAUUGGAAGCAAAUGACGCUAGGUAGUGUUGUAGAAGCUACACAGAUACCUUUCCACGUAGUUGGAAGUUCAGCAAGACUCCAUUAAUGAAACAGCCCCUGUCAUUAGAACCUGGCUGUUAUCAUUACAAAUAACAUAACCAACAAUCUUAGAAUCCAUUUUUACCAAUCCUAAGGUGCCAUGGUUAAGGGGACUUCCAAGAAAUGAGUUUACCAGGAGAAUUAUGGGAGGUAGCUCUGACAAAAGUGGAGUUCAAUCAUCCCUAGACUGCAUGGUAGUGCUCUGAAAGGGUCCUAAUUUGCCAAAAUAUGUAGGCCAAGUCUUCACUCUAUUCAUUUUCCUCAAAAAAAGUCUUUCACUCUACUCAUAUUAUGAGCAGCAUGGGCUGUGGGCUGAAAGAGUUCUCUAGAAGUAGUCGGGGAGGUAAUUCGUUGCAGCCCAUCAAGACCAAUUGUGGGCCGUAAGAAAAGUUGGGUUUGGAUUUAAGGCAAUGCCAGACCCGCUCCAGACCCGGGCCGUUUGGAGGAGACACCGUAGGGAGAGAAAGGGACAACCAGAAAGCGCGUGCGAAGUUUAUUUAAAUGAAAUCUUCCGAGUUUAGCCCUUUUAAAGACUUAAGGGUACCGACAAAUCUUGCGGGAAGCUUCAGAGUCUGCCUCCUUUCCCCUUCUCUCCUCUGUUGUAGUUGGCGUAGAAGGAAUUCCAGCUACCAGAGAAACGGCGAGAGGAUCUCUUCCUCAAAAUAACCGAUGGAUGAUGAAAGAAAGGAAGAGCAAUGUGUUGCAUCCAUCUUAGAGAAUCAUGAGACAACUUGUUGGGGCUGCGGGUUACACCUUCUUCUUGAAACCUAUUCAUCUAUAUUCAAGUGUGGAUGGUGUGGAGCAAUAACUCACCGAAACAAAGCUCUGAGAAAACCAGACAGUGCAUGCUUUUCUCAUUGGAGGCUUGUGCGAGAUCGGUUCUUUGUCACUAUUCUUCUCUUCUUCAUAUUGUUUGUGAUAUGUGCUGGUGUUUGGGCGGUAUACCCAAUUGUUUUCUCAGUCAGCUAUUUCUGUGGGAUUUUUCACUGCACAUUAACUGCCAUUUUGUCUAUCAGUACCAUAUCUAGCUUCUGCAUGGCAGCCUUUAGAUCUGCUGGGGCACCAACAAACAUUCUCUGGGGUAGUUAUCCAAGUGUGGCAAAAGGCGACCUAGAAAACUACACUUUUUGCACGUACUGUGCAAAGCCAAAGCCCCCAAGAGCACAUCAUUGCCGUUCCUGUAGAAUGUGUGUGUUGGACAUGGAUCAUCAUUGCCCAUUUAUAGGCAAUUGUGUUGGAGCAGCAAACCACCGGUUUUUCGUUGCAUUCCUUAUCUCUGUAAUCAUUAGUUGUAUUUAUGUCGUCCUGAUGAUGUUAUAUGCUGGGUUUCAUACAUGGCCUCCUUUGGAGUUAAGAACUCUUGGCUCAACCGGCUUCCACACUGUGAGUGGUACAAGGUUGGCAAAGGAGAUUGUCGCAGCCCUAGCUAGCUCAGCAUUGCUCUUGUCAGCAAGAGGCCUUGUUCUUAUUUAUUUGGCAUUUGCAUGCCUGACUGUUGGGAUUGGUUUAAGUGUGUUAUUGUGUCAGCAGCUCUAUUAUAUCUUUGAAGGUAACACCUACAUCAACCACAUAAAUUCACAGAAUGGUUGGCGUGGAGAAAAGGGGUUCCAAAACCUUUUGCGUUUCUUUGGUUGCCCUUACUUAGUUUUCAAGGUAUUACCGGGUCUUGCUAAUGCUGGAAAGUCGCAGGACACAUCAGGAUCCAAGCUCUUGUAGAGGUAACCUAAGGUUCUUUAUUUUCUUAUUCUAGGCAAAAGUUUUAUCAUUCCUUUUGAAUUGCCUUUGGCAUAAUAUUACAAUGUAGAUCAGAGAAGUGAUGAUAAAUUGACUAACAAUUUUAGGGUCAUGAUAAUUUAUAUCUGUUUGACCUAGAAUUAUGAUUACAUGUUAGUGUAUUAGUUAGAUGCCCCAACCAUGCUUAGCAGUGUAUAUGUUAUGCUUUAAUUUUUUCCUCUACCAAUGCCAGGCAGCUUUCUUUUUUCCCAUGAGGGACUUAAAUGCUGAACUUUGCCCUUAAAGAAUUUGUCAUUGUACAUUUUUAUUAUAUUAUGGAGGCUGAUUUGCAGAUAUGAUACUUAGAUGUACUUGCCUCAAAUAAUAUGGAUUUUCAUAAUCUUCAUUGUGAGAUACUCUGCUUACCAAGAUGUCAAAUGCUAGGAGCAGCCUCUUAUGGUGUUCAGUAGGCUAAUGAGGUAGCAGAUACUUCAGCUGAACUUGAGGACAUUCUGGUAUAGACGAAAACUAAAUGGAUUGGCAGCUAGCUGGAUUUUUUUUUUUCAUUUUUCUUUGUGUUUAUAUGUCAUCUUGCAAUCCACCAGGCUUAAUUAUUACUGUACUAGCCGGUUUCAUCGGUGCAAGGUCCUCUGUUGUUAAAUUAAAUACUUUAAAAGCAAAAACUCCAUUUUCUGCUUUUAUUAUAUUCUUGUUGUACGAGGAAGAGCCCGACAUUGUUUACAUGUAGGGCUGUUCUAUGGUUGACUAUCAUAGACCUGUGAAUUAAUUUGUUAGAGAUAACUGCAUGAUUCAUAUAUAUGAAGUUUUGGAUGCUUUCAUGGUGAAAGGAACAUUCUGUGUGAUCAAAUAGUAAGCAGAUCAUCUGCAAUGGAAAGUUGAAAACGUGGUUGGAGUUCGAGAGAAACAAGGAGGCUGUUUCCAGAUCCUUCAUUUUCAAUAAUUCAGUAUCAUUUCAUCUCUAAGCUGCAGAAAUGUGUAGUAUGUGUACGAGAGUUCGUUUUAUACUGCAUCCGUUAAUUUAAUUGUGUGCAACCAUCUGAAAUGGCCGUUGUUUAUAAGGUGAUAAACAUCAUUCAGGUCAUACACUGCUAUCGGGAGCUCACUAUAUGGAUAUUAAGUGGUGUGCAGAAACCCAACAUUUUUUUAAUUUGUUGUCUCUCAUAAAAUUAAUAAUCACUAUAAAGUUCGUCGAACUUUUUUUUUUGUGUGUGUUUGUGUGUGUGCUUAAUCUUGCAUUGUUUUAAUAAGAUCUCCAUAGUAAUAAUGGUUUUCUUGCAUCUGCGCAUGAAAUUGAGUGGAGCAUAUGUGGUGCUAUUAUCUUUAAAAUUUGUUUCAGUUCAGAUGUGAAAAAUUAUAAUUGUUUUCUAUCUUUGUUGUUGUUAGCUGCAAAUUGCAGUGCCAAGCAUGAAGAACAUUAUUCCUGGUGUGGCUGCUUAAUGAAUUUUACUUUCUGACAGAUAAAUGGAGAUCAGAUGACAAAAUAUUGGCCUACUGCUGAAAGGUUAGCAGUUUUUCUUUAAUGUUUGUGUGUUUUAUUAGAUGUAACUUUUCUAAUGUUUGGCUAAAUGAAACAUCUGGUGUCAUCGCUCGGUUUCUUUGACUAAACUAUAUUUCAACCUUGUGUUAACCAUAUAUGUAUUACUUACCAAACCUCUUUGACUUAACCUUGUACAUUAAAAAAGAAAGAGAAAAAGAAAAAGAAAUGAGUGAUCUCACAGCCUUGAUAUAAAUGUAUUCAAAAUCGAUGAAGAGUAUCAAAGUGCAGAUCUAGUUUUCUCUGUGUCUGCCAUCCGGUAAUUAUGCUCAGAAUCAGCUAGGAUGUUCGACCAUCUCCAUCAUCACCAACCUGGUCAACAUAAGCCGCAUCCGGUCCACCAAUUGACUGCAUCUCCUCAGCUCUGGCGUCCUGAUCCAUUUUGUUACCCUCCAGUUUCCCACUGCAGAGUUCGGCCUACCCACCUGAGGGCUGUAAGAAGUCUCAGAGCAUCUUUUCUUGGGACUUCUCUGAUGCACCAUCUCGCUUGCUCCGAGCUGCAUUAUCGCCAAUCUUGGCCAACCACCUGCAGCUUGGAAACCCUCUGCCUCAUCUUCCAUGUAACUGCUGCAUCUCUCUCUCUCUCUCUCUCUCUCUCUCUCUGUGUGUGUGUGUGUGUCUGUGAGCAUGCACCACUUGCACCACUAUAAAACACAUGCGACCAUGCAUUCAAUGUUGGAUUCUUCCAUGUUACUAGAAGGAAGAUGAGGUGGAAGUCACCUAGGCAACUCCAUGUAGAGGUUGCCUCAUCGGGAAGACAGGACCUCUACAUGGAGCUGCGUCACCGUACAGCCUGGAGCUGGUGUUUAGAUGGAUGAGGGAGGAGCUCUAGGUUGUUUUGAUUGUUUUAAUUUAUUAGGUUGCCAAUGUGCUAGCUUAUAUUAUUCUUUUGAAGCAAACACUUACGUUGCAAAUAACAAAAUUUUAAGGAUUAUUGCAUGCUUCUAUUUUUCUUU